GUAUCUCGAUGGAAGAAAGAGCUUCAUUUUUCUUGGAAUAAGACUCAUAGAAAAAUCCACGAAGAGGCGCUAUUGCAUUACUUUGAUCCAAGCAAAAAUGGGGAAAAGUUCCAAUACCAACCAAAACUGAAACAAAAACAAGAACCAACAACUCACUACGACGAGGCACCGCUUGGAGAUAGCAAGGAAACACCUUUUCCAAGAGGAAAUGCAAGGCAGGAAAAACCCUCCGUUGAGCCGAAAUUUGUAGGCGAGAAACAUCAUUAUGAAGGAAAUGAAGCAAGUGAAAGGACAGGAAUGAACGAAACUAGUGAGUUAAGACGUUCCCAAAAUCAACCUUAUUAUGGAGCUGCAGCCGUGAGACGCGAUCCUCAUUACCCAGAGGGCAUUGUACUCCUGGAGACGCGUUUGGUUCAUGGCGAGAUUUCAUACAAAAAGUGGCACAUUAGAAAACGACAGGGUGCAUGGGAGCCUUCUGACUCACAAGUUUCGAAUGUAAAAGCAGACAAGUCAGAAGGAAGUUUUUCAGUGCAGUUUAAGAGUAAAGGGAACGGUGGGGUUAGCUACGUUUUUAUCCCCACACCUUGGUGGCGCAGAUGUUUUGAUUGCUUUAGGAUGUGUUGUUGUUUUUGUAGUUGUUGUCAUUAAAAUCAGUAAGGAAUUUGCGGCAAGGAAGGGUGUCCUCUCUUGACUUUCGAUUUUCAGAUCUUUACCACACUGUCAAAUCAAGGAAUCUGCUUGUUUUCGCCACCUGCUGUCGCUUGAUAGCAAAACUUUGCAAGAGCUAAUUCAGAUUCCC